AUGCAGCUCAAAUACUUUUUUACCCUUCUCCUUUCGGCCCUGCCACUUACUUUGGCCGCUGAUCUAGGAAAGAACGCUAUCACUGCCCCUAUUGCAGGAGACGUGAUUACUGCCGGCGAACCUUAUACAAUCGAAUGGACGAACCGGGAAGGAACCUCGGUCACCCUCACAUUGGUCGAUGGGCCCGCAGGCCAGGUUUUACCAGUACAAGAAAUCAUUCGCAAUACCCCCAAUACUGGUACUUACACAUGGAAUGUUCCGGAGAAUAUUCCCGCAUCUGACAAAUACGCCAUUCGGAUAACAUACAACAAUAUUCCUACAGACUAUAAUUACUCUGAUCGUUUCAAUUUCGAGAACGAGAAUGUUGUAUCGUCCGCUGCCGUCAGCUCUAGCGCCCAGACCUCCACCGCUGCCACUAGCACUGGAACCGAGUCCGCUAGCUCCGCUUCGACAACCGAACCUGAGACCAGCUCGGCUACAACCGAGUCCGAGGCUUCUAGCACUGCUGAAUCAACUGAAUCUGAGGCCACAACCAGCGCUGCUUCGAGCGAAACAGGAUCCGUGACCUCUCGUGCCACCGAAACCACUGAGGCCACAAUUGGAAGUUCCUCGACAGUCUCCCGUGCGACUAGGACAUCGCCUGCCGUCGAAACCAACAUGGCUCCAGUAGACCAACCAUCAUCGGCCAGCAGAUCUAUCAGCGGCCGAAGCAUGAUUGCUGCUGUCGCUGGAACAAUCAUUGGAGGAGCUUUCAUCCUACUAUAA